CCGGGGACAGCCGGUGAGCUGCGGGGCGCUGCGGGCUGGCGCGGGGCCGGGAGCGGGGCGCAGCGGGCAGGAUGCGGGGCUGGGCGCUGGCCCUGCUGCUGGGCGCGCUGCGGGCGGGCGGCACCGAGCUCACCUUCGAGCUGCCCGACAGCGACAAGCAGUGCUUCCACCAGGAGAUGGAGCGGGGCCUCAAGUUCACGCUGGACUACCAGGUGAUCACCGGAGGGCACUAUGACGUGGACUGCUACGUGGAGGACCCCAAUGGCAGGACGAUCUACAAGGAGACCAAGAAGCAGUAUGACAGUUUCCCACACCACACCGAAGUCAAGGGCAUCUACACCUUCUGCUUCAGCAACGAGUUCUCCACCUUCUCCCACAAAACCGUCUACUUCAACCUGCAGGUGGGCGACGAGCCGCCCAUCCUGCCCGACAUGAGCAGCCGCGUCACCGCCUUGACACAGAUGGAGUCUGCCUGCGUCACCAUCCACGAGGCUCUGAACGCGGUGAUAGACUCCCAGACUCACUACCGGCUGCGGGAAGCGCAGGACCGGAGCAGAGCUGAAGACCUCAACGGCCGGGUCUCGUACUGGUCGGUGGGGGAAACCGUCAUCCUCUUUGUGGUCAGCAUUGGGCAAGUGAUGCUGCUCAAAAGCUUCUUCACCGAGAAGAGACCAGGCAGCGGCGGAGCUGGCACCUAAUGCCGAAGCUGUGCCCAUGCCCAAACUGCAGGAGGGGGAGGCAGGAGGGAGCGGGUUCCCCUGGGUCAUGCUUGACCGCUGCUUUUCGCAGGGUGCUGCCGUGGGCACAUGGCUGGGGACAGAGCAGAGGGUGACGUGACUGCUGAGCCGGAUGGCGAACGGUCACCCGAGCACCACCCCCCUCCACGCGAACCCCACCAGCAGCACCUCCCGCUUUGCUGCCACCUCCCCUGCCUGCUGCCCCUCCAUGCCCUGCCCCGCUCCCCGGCUCUCCCAGGGGUCUGGGCUCUGCACCAACGCUCUGCUCCCGUGUCCGUGCAGGUGCGACUGCAGGGUGCAGUCACAAGGCCACGGGCACCCAGCAGAGCGCAGGGCAGGGAGCUGUGCCCCCAGCAGAGCCCCCGGUGCCCCCCUCCUGGCUGCUCCCGUGCUGCCGGGGGGCUGCAGCAUCCGUGCGUCCCCGGCCGUGCGAGGCAGGCGGAGCGGCUGUGUGCGCACAGCUCCCCUCUGUGUCUGCAGCGGGCAGGUCGUUCCCCUGGAGCACGCUGCAGCACCGCCCGAGGCUGGGAGCAGGGUCCCAGGAGACCCUGGCUGGCUCAAAAAAUUCAGGUGAGGUUUCAGCAGGGGCUUUUUGCUUGGUUAUUUCCUGUGCUUUCACAGUUCUCACCAUGCAGCAUUUCCCAGGCCCUUUUCUGCCACAUGUGCAGGCGGUGUAUGCCCAGACCCCUUCCCCUUCCCAGCCACCUCAGCAGAGGCUCUCGGGGGGCAAGUUGGGUGGGUUCAUUGCACCAUGCGAGGCAGCAGGGGUGGGCACAGCUCUGCUUUGUCCCAGCCUAGGAAGCCCCCAGGAGCCCUGCUCCCUGCAGUCCCUCGGGACAGAGCCCCCCAGCAGCAGUGGGGCUGGCUGCAGCACCCAGCCAUCCCCAGCCCCUCCAGCAGCUCCUGCCAGACCCACGGGAGAUCAGCACCACUGUCGUUCCUCUUUGCCACUUCAUAAUAAACCCAUGCGACUGUG